GUCAUUGAAGCUCGAAUUUCUGCGUGAGGUUGCACAAAUGCUUAGAUCUAUAGAAUCCCUACACAAGACUGUUUACAGUCGGAAUCAUAUCCCGGUGUUAUAUGAAUCUGGUCAUUUGUGCAACCUGUGAAGAAUUUAAGUGUCUGUGCCUGCUAUGUAAGUGUUUGCCUAUGCUGAAUCAAAUAGACUACAAGAUGCUAGCCUCCCGAGACAUUACAUUACUUAGACGACAUUAGUGAAAACGUUUGGUUCAACAAACAAGAUGAAUACCUCAAGAAGAAGCGAAAGUGAGUGGCAGGGUAUGGUCAGCGAGUUUCUGGUGUGUAAGCGCAAGUUAGAUAGCAAGAAAGAGGCCCUCUUGAUCUUGUCCAAAGAGCUUGACACUUGUCAGCAAGAGAGAGACCAGUACAAGCUGAUGGCCAACCAGCUACGGGAACGACACCAAGGCCUGAAGAAGAAAUAUAGAGAACUAAUCGAUGGAGAUCCCACUUUGCCACCUGAGAAAAGGAAUCAAGUGAAUUUGGCCCAGCUACUGAGAGACUCUAAAGACAGGAGUAAGCAGCUGUCAGACGAGGUCAAGGAAAUGAAUCAGCGAUUGGCUGAAGCCCAAGGAGACAAUAAGCUUCUACGGAUGACCAUUGCUAAACAGAGACUCGGGGACGAAGAGGUUGGGGCGCGACACUUCCCUGCCUACGAGAGGGAGGACUUAGUCCAGCAGUUGGAGACAGCCAGGGAGCAGAACGAGGAGCUGGAACACAGCAUGAAAGCUCUCACGGACGAGCUGCAUGACGUGAGAGCGGAGCGCACGGUGUUCCAGGAGAAGGCCCAGAGGCUCAACCGGGAGAUGAACCACAUCCUGGGAAACCCUGAGACCGGGAUGCUGGACAUGGAUGCACUUUGCAUGGAGAACAGAUAUCUACAUGAGCGCUACAAACAGCUGCAGGAGGAAGUCAACAUGCUCAAAACAAAUGUUGUGAAAUACAAGAGUGCUCUGGAAAGUAAGAAGAAUGCUAAAAUGUAUGGAAAAUCCAACAGUAGCGCACUCACAGGCGUGCUUUCAGCCAAACAAGUUCAGGAGUUGUUGCUAUCGGAAGAGAACGGCUGCAGUCUGCCGGUAACAUCCCAGUCCAUCUCAGACCUCAAGUCCCUGGCCACAGCACUGCUGGAAACCAUCCAUGAGAAAAACAUGGUGAUUCAGCACCAACGCCAGACUAACAAGAUUCUGGGAAAUCGUGUUGCAGAGCUGGAGAAGAAGCUGAAGACCCUGGAGGUGUCUGGGCUGUGGAGUCUGCCAGGCUUGACAUACAAUGUAUGUCUUGGACUGUCUGGGAGAGGAAGAGACGCCAUCAUCCUGAACGAAGUCCACCAACCUAGAGAGCAGCCAGUGUCACCAAACCCUCAAAACCAAGAAGAAGUAAGCGUGAAGCGAGAAGUAAACGUGGAGUCCUAUACAGCAGAUGGCAGUGCAGCAACUGAGGGGGGGCUGACUGAUCUGCCCAGUACGUCAGAAGUGCCGAGCCAGACGGAGGGGCUGCUAGGCGACAGCAGCAAGAAGGAAGUCUCAGCAGUGUGUGAGGACACGCCACACACUGUGGAGGAGGUCACCGACAACCUUCAGGCGGAUAUGACGAACCUUGAGGGUCAGACAAGCGAACAAUCCCUGAGUACAAAUGAUGUCACUGAUUUGGCAACAAACCAAUCAGAUGAGGCUGGGUGGAGGGCUCCCUCUCCUUCCUCGGAGACAGAGGUCGAAACGAACCGCACCUCAGACACUAUCCACCAAUCGGGACCUUCAAUAGACCAGGGUGGAGGAUGGGCAGAUCAAGACGUUCAGGGGUUGGGGUCUGUUGUGAUUGACAGUAACGAAAGCCUGGCGACAGAAGAGGCAGACGUUCCGUCGUUAACCUUCAGCUCUCCCGGCAAAAACACUCUGGUCCAUGAGGGAGAGAAACUUCCAGACUACAGGGCACAGCUGGCAGAUGAAACACGUGAGCAGUCAAAUGAGGAAGAAUCUGGAACAGCUAACAGUUCAGACCCAGAUCUUCCAAAUCAGAAGGAAAACAUUGCUUGAUAGUUUACAGAGAUGCUGUAAUUCCACACGUAUCUUAAAUACUACUACAGGUGGCCUGUGCACCAUGCAAUAGCUAAUGUGCUACUUUGGGUAUAAGCCUUCGCUUUUAUCUUGACAUUAAAAUGCACUGUGGGCUAAGUGGCAGCCAUUUAUAAAAGGAGUCCAGUUGAAAGAACUUUAUUCUCAGUUUUCCUUUUUGUCUCAAUGUGAGCUGAAGACCCAAGUCUAACAUUAAUAUUUAUUGUGAUGAGUUAGCCUCACUAAAGCUAAAUGCAUGCAUGACCAAUCAUAUACCAUUUUAUUUUAGUUUGAUGUUCCACUGUUAAUUGUAGAACAAGACUAUUUAUUUUACAAUUUAGUUUGUCUGUAUCCUACGUUAUUACUUUCAUUUCAAACCAUAGGAAGGGAUGACCGAAUAUUUUGUUCUAACACUACGUAUAACACUCAGAAUGUCUCCUUUUUGUUUUCAAAAGGUAGUACUAUGAUGCUAUUCAUUCAUUUGUGUGUAAAACACUGCUUGAUUGUCAGUCAGUUGUGACAAAUGUCUUCUAUAUCAAGGCUAGCCUCUGAAACUUACCUUUGUGUAUUGUCACUAAUCUGUUCAGAUAAGAAACGUCAGUCAGUCACACAGCAAAAUAUUUUAUGUCUACAAACAAAAACAAUAUGCACUGAAUGUUACACAGUCAUGUCAAAUGGUCUGGAUCAUCGAGCACCAGUUUCAACACUCCUACAAGCAAACACAAAAGAAUGAUGUACAAAGUGGGGCGACAGCAUAAAGCCCUCCACGUGCUUGAAAUGUAUUUUCCUGCAGAAUAAAUACUUUUUACAAAACUGA